AUGCUUCCUCUCUUCUUCAAAGUACUUCCUCUCUUGAUCAAGGUGCUUCCUGUCUUCAUCAAGAUGCUUCUUCUCUUCAACAAUGUACUUCCUCUCUUGAUCAAGAUGCUUCCUCUCUUCAUCAAGAUGCUUCCUCUCUUCUUCAAAGUACUUCCUCUCUUGAUCAAGGUGCUUCCUCUCUUCUUCAAAGUACUUCCUCUCUUGAUCAAGGUGCUUCCUGUCUUCAUCAAGAUGCUUCCUCUCUUCAACAAUGUACUUCCUCUCUUGAUCAAGAUGCUUCCUCUCUUCAUCAAGAUGCUUCCUCUCUUCUUCAAAGUACUUCCUCUCUUGAUCAAGGUGCUUCCUCUCUUCAUCAAGAUGCUUCCUCUCUUCAACAAUGUACUUCCUCUCUUGAUCAAGAUGCUUCCUCACUCCAUCAUGCAGCUUCCUCUCUUCUUCAAAGUACUUCCUCUCUUGAUCAAGGUGCUUCCUCUCUUCUUCAAAGUACUUCCUCUCUUGAUCAAGGUGCUUCCUGUCUUCAUCAAGAUGCUUCUUCUCUUCAACAAUGUACUUCCUCUCUUGAUCAAGAUGCUUCCUCUCUUGAUCAAGAUGCUUCCUCUCUUCAUCAAGGUGCUUCCUCUCUUCAUCAAAGUACUUCCUCUCUUGAUCAAGAUGCUUCCUCUCUUCAUCAUGCAGCUUCCUCUCUAA